AUGGAGCAUAUUACGUCUGCAGAAGAGACGACGUGUUCAGAAGGGGAAGAGGAAGUCGCUAGAAAAACUGUAAUGAACCAUGGAAACCACCAAGGUUUUACAGCUCAACCUUCCAGUUCGGUGUCGGAGCUCAAUCAAAUGGAAGAAAAAAUGCGACGUAAGCUGAAGUUUUUUUUCAUGAACCCAGUUGACAAAUGGACGGCCAAGCGUAAAUUUCCUUAUAAAUUUGUUGUACAAGUUAUAAAGAUAGUGUUGGUUACAUUUCAACUGUGCCUUUUCGCGCACAAUAGAUAUAAUCACGUCAACUACACAUGGGACAAUCGAAUCACCUUCUCACAUUUGUUUCUUCUCGGCUGGGACUCUACAAGGGAGAUCAAUGCCUACCCUCCAGGUGCAGGACCUCUAGCUGUUUACAAAAUCAAGGAAUUUUAUGACACACUAGACUAUGCUUACGAGGGAUAUUCCAAUAUCUUAACUACCUCUAUUGGGCCAUAUUCGUACAAUGAUGAGCACAAUAUUAAACCGGCUCCAGUUUUUUGCCAAUACAAUUAUAAACAAGGCAUCAUAAAUGGUUUUAAUGAGAGCUAUGUGUUUAACUCGGAGGUUAUUGAAACAUGUGUCAACUUUACUACACCAACCGUUGGAAAGUUUAAUUCCGAGUCUUUUAUAAAGGAGGCUGGAUUAAAUAUAAGUUUUGCAUCAUUGAUACAGGCUAAACUAAUGUUCUCAUUAAAAACAAUCAAUUUUAGGGCAGCUGGUCCUAUAACUCCACCAGAUUGUUAUAGAUUUGACAUUAAAAUUAUUUUUGAUAAUGAAGAUCAUGAUGGUCAAAUGUCGCUUAUAUUAGAUGCCGAACCGUACAAGUUAUCAUGUAAAGGAGACUCAGCAUAUGUUACAGAUAACAAGAUAGAUCAAGUGUUACGAAGCAUUUUGAACAUACUCGUGAUAUUAAUAUGUGUAGCAUCUUUCGGUUUGUGUAGUAGAGCUAUUUACAGAGCUCAGCUGUUAAAGGAACUUACUGUACAAUUUUUCAGACGUACAUACAACAAAGAACUGAGUUUAGAAGGGCGUUUAGAGUUUCUUAACAUCUGGUACAUUAUGAUAAUAGUUAACGACUUACUUAUCAUUUUGGGAUCAGCGAUAAAGGAGCAAAUUGAACGAAAUCAAUUUACAAAUGAUCAGUGGAAUGUUUGUUCUCUUUUUUUGGGAACUGGAAAUUUACUAGUUUGGUUUGGAGUUUUAAGAUAUUUAGGGUUCUUUAAAACCUAUAAUGUAGUGAUUCUAACACUAAAGAAAGCAGCUCCAAAGAUAUUCAGAUUCUCAAUCUGUGCUUUGCUAUUGUAUGCUGGUUUCAUGUUCUGCGGUUGGUUAAUCUUGGGACCUUAUCAUAUGAAGUUCCAAACUCUAGCAACAACUUCUGAAUGUCUAUUCUCUUUGAUAAACGGAGAUGAUAUGUUUGCCACCUUCUCCAUAAUGUCAAAGAAAUCACCAAUGUUGUGGUGGUUUAGUCGUAUUUACUUAUAUUCAUUUAUAAGUUUAUAUAUUUAUGUUGUACUUAGUUUAUUUAUAUCUGUUAUUAUGGAUGCAUAUGAUACAAUUAAGCAAUAUUAUAAAGAUGGUUUCCCUAAGAGUGAUCUUCAUCAAUUCAUUGGGGAAACUAAUGUUGAAGAAGUGUCGUCAGGUUUGUACAGAACUGAGAGUUCUACCUCUCUUAAUGCCCUUAUGAAUUCACUCUUCUGUUGCAAUGCGUACAGAAGUGCGUAUUCCAAGAUAGGAGGUGGUAGUUCAAACUUGAGCAUGUAG